CCAUUACCAAACCAUUACCCCUGCGAAUUCAUCCCAGCCCUGUCGCCUCAAGGCCUAAAGGCUUUCACCCCGGCUGCGGUCGGUGUCUAUAUAAAGCAUUGGAUUAUCUUGGGAUGUCCGUGACUUUCUCGUUCUCAAUUGCAUGUCAUGACCCGUCAUCCCAUUGACAAUCGCCACAGCCUGCAUCCGAGUCAUCAAAGUCCACCAAGCCUCACUUGCCGCGUCCUCUUACUCCUGGACGUGCAAGUUUGUAUGCUCAGCAGCCCAAAAGAAGGCGGCAUCCCCUCUUCUGAGACUGUUUAUCGGAAUAUUGAACAUAUCCUCGACCGUGCUCGCUCAGCAAAGCAGCCACCUCGCAUCAUUCAUAUCCGCAACUCCGGAGAGUCAGGUGAUCCAGACACACCGAACUCCCCCGGCUGGCAGCUCGUUUUUCCAACACUUGAGCACGAGUUCGUUAUCGACAAGUUGAAAAAUAACGCAUUUGCUGGAACAAGACUCGCAGAAUUUAUACCACGCGACGCUGAACUCAUAGUCGUCGGCAUGCAAAGCGAUUACUGUGUGCGCGCUACUUGCAGCGCAGCCUUGGGUAGAGGAAACACGGUUAUCUUGAUCAAGGAAGCACACGCAACCUACGAUCGCAUUGAAGUAUGGAACGGUGGCAUGGUUACAAUCGCCCGUGAUGUGGAGUCGGAAAUAGAGGCGGAGUUGGAGGAGGCUGGGGUCAACUUACUGUGCAUGUCGGAUGUGCCGCACUUGUUCAGCGACCGGUAACACGCAAAGUUGGCGGGAGUGAUCGCUGAGAACUUUCGCCCCCUUUCCGGCCAUCAUGGUAGUUUGACAUUUGCAUUGUGAGUUUUUCUCUGGUCCACGCCUCGUACUUCAACGAGGAGAGCUGAUUACUCACAAUAACUUGAAGCUUUACUCCGUUGGAUAUUGGUUCCCGUUUAGAAGCUCCUGCAUGGCUGGUAUGAUGGUUUGGAUGAUGGCCCUGUCACGGUAGUGGGCAUGUUGGUCAUCAGUUUGGUAUCGAUAUUAUUACUUUGUUAAAUACUUACAAAAAUAUGAUAACUAAAUGUCACGUGAGUGCGAUUAAAUGA